AUGGCGCAGGCGGGGAGCGCCGGUCCGGGGGCCUGGGGACGGCGGGGCGCGGGCGCAGGUGCGGGCCCGGGGCGCGCGCCUUGGCGCUGGGCCCCCGCGCUGCUCUGGCUGGCAGCGUCGGCGGCGGCGGUGGCGGGCGACCUCUCCCGGCGCCAGUGGCCGGUGCCUUACAAACGCUUCUCCUUUCGUCCGGAACCAGAUCCUUAUUGUCAAGCUAAAUAUACUUUCUGUCCCACGGGUUCCCCCAUCCCCGUGAUGAAGGAUGACGAUGUCAUUGAUGUCUUUCGAUUACAAGCCCCAGUGUGGGAAUUUAAGUACGGAGACCUCCUGGGACACUUGAAAAUUAUGCACGAUGCCAUUGGAUUCAGGAGUACUUUAACGGCGAAGAACUACACAAUGGAAUGGUAUGAACUCUUCCAGCUUGGAAACUGCACGUUUCCCCAUCUCCGACCUGAAAUGAACGCCCCUUUCUGGUGUAAUCAAGGAGCUGCCUGCUUUUUUGAAGGGAUCGAUGAUAGUCACUGGAAGGAAAACGGGACGUUAGUUCUAGUAGCAACCAUAUCAGGAGACAUGUUUAACAAAAUGGCAAAGUGGGUAAAACAGGACAAUGAAACAGGGAUUUAUUAUGAGACAUGGACUGUCCAAGCCAGCCCAGAAAAGGGGGCGGAGAAAUGGUUUGAAUCCUACGAUUGUUCCAAAUUUGUGUUAAGGACCUAUGAGAAAUUGGCUGAACUUGGAGCAGACUUCAAGAAGAUAGAAACCAACUAUACAAGGAUAUUUCUUUACAGUGGAGAACCUACUUAUCUGGGAAAUGAAACAUCUGUUUUUGGGCCAACAGGAAACAAGACUCUUGCUUUAGCCAUAAAAAGAUUUUAUUACCCUUUCAAACCACAUUUAUCAACUAAAGAAUUUCUGUUGAGUCUCUUGCAAAUUUUUGAUGCAGUGGUUAUACACAGAGAGUUCUAUUUGUUUUAUAAUUUUGAAUAUUGGUUUUUACCUAUGAAAUCCCCUUUUAUUAAAAUAACAUAUGAAGAAAUCCCUUUACCUAACAGAAAAAACAGAACACUCUCUGGUUUAUAA